UCCGAAAACACCUCGGGAUUUUUGAUUGCGGCCACUGAGAAGCGCCAGACCCAGAAACUAGAAUGGACCACAGAUUCCCCAAUUUGGAUACCCCAGUGGCCGCUGAGUAAAGAGAAAUUAAAGGCGCUAAACGAGUUAGUAGAUGAGCAAUUGGCCCAAGGCAAUAUUGAACCUACUUUUAGCCCUUGGAACUCCCCUGUGUUUGUCAUUAAAAAGCCAGGGAAAGACAAGUGGAGAUUAGUUCAUGAUCUGAGAGAAAUUAACAAAGUCAUUGUAGACAUGGGACCUCUUCAACCAGGGAUGCCGUCUCCUGCCAUGCUUCCUCAAGAUUGGGAAUUGGCUGUGAUUGACAUCAAAGAUUGCUUUUUCAAAAUUCCUCUAGACCCUAUCGAUGCCCCCAGGUUUGCUUUUUCUGUGCCUUCCCUCAACAGAGAAGCCCCAAUGAGAAGGUUUCAUUGGAAAUCCCUCCCCCAAGGGAUGAAAAAUUCACCUGUGAUUUGCCAAUGGUAUGUUGCUGCCUUGUUAUCCCCUGUGCGAGCUGAGGUGGGGGAAGCCAUUAUCCUGCAUUAUAUGGAUGAUGUGCUAGUGUGUGCCCCCCAGGAAAAAUUGCUCCAGUCCACACUGGACCGGGUGACCGAAGUUUUAACAACUGCAGGACUCACCCUUCAGGAAGAAAAAGUACAAAAGAUGCCUCCUUGGAAAUACCUAGGUCUGGAAAUCACUGCAAAAACAAUUGUUCCUCAAAAAUUAGCUUUUAACAGCAAUCCCAAAACCUUAGCCGACUUGCACUCUCUGUGUGGAACACUGAAUUGGGUUAGGCCUUGGCUAGGCAUUGCCACUGAUGACCUAGCCCCUCUUUUCAAUUUAUUGAAAGGGGGAGAUGAGCUGAGUGCUCCAAGGACUCUGACUCCAGAAGCCAGGGAUGCUUUAGAGAAGGUAAGCAGCAUGAUGGAGAAGAGACAGGCACAUAGAUGCCAUCCAGAGCUGCCUUUCAAAUUUAUUGUAAUGGGGAAAUUGCCACACCUUCAGGGGUUGAUUUUUCAGUGGGACAAGGACCAGAAAGACCAUUUGAUAAUCAUUGAGUGGGUCUUUCUCAGUCACCAUCGGUCCAAAAAUAUUACAAGGCCACAGGAAUUGAUGGCCCAGCUGGUUGGAAAGGCCAGGCUGAGAAUGAGAGAACUUGCUGGCUGUGAUUUUUCAUGUAUACAUUUGCCCCUAAGCCUCUCUGAGGAAGAAACCUCCUCAGUGAAGAUGACCAGGGAAAUGUUUGAGCACCUCUUGAGGAAUCAAGAGACCCUGCAAAUUGCUCUGGAGAAUUUUACUGGGCAGAUUUCAGUUCAUGCCCCUGCACACAAAUUGUUUAAUUCAAAAUUUAAUUUGGUACCAAAAGAUAAGAGGAGUCAGAAGCCCCUUGAAGCUUUGACUGUUUUUACUGAUGCUUCUGGAGCAUCCCGAAGGUCAGUAAUGACCUGGAAGGAUCCUCAGACGCAGCAGUGGGAAACAGAUGUUGAUUAUGUAGAAGGAUCCCCUCAAAUUGCUGAGUUAGCAGCAGUGGUUAGAGCAUUUGAGAGGUUUUCAGAACCAUUCAAUUUGGUCACUGAUUCAGCUUAUGUAGCAGGAGUAGUUUCCAGAGCAGAAAAUGCAGUCCUCAAGGAGAUCUCAAACAGAACUUUGUUUGAAUUGCUCUCAAAAUUAAUUUAUGCAGUUUCCCAUCGAGAACAUCCCUAUUUUGUUAUGCAUACCCGGUCGCACAUGGAAUUACCUGGUUUCAUAGCAGAAGGGAAUGACAGAGCUGAUUCCCUGGCUGCUGCCCCUGUUGGACUGGCCAGACUCCCUGACCUGUUUCAACAGGCAAAAUUAAGCCAUGAAAUGUUUCAUCAGAAUGUACCAGGUUUGAUUCGACAGUUUAAUCUGAAACGAGAUCAAGCCAAAGCCAUUGUGGCCACAUGUCCCCACUGUCAGCGCACAGCUCUGCCAUCCCUGGGUGCUGGAGUCAAUCCAAGGGGACUGAAAAGCUGUGAAGUAUGGCAAACUGAUGUAACACACAUCCCUGAAUUUGGACAGGUAAAAUAUGUACAUGUAUCCAUUGAUACCUUCUCGGGAGCAAUUUUUGCCUCAGCCCAUGCAGGAGAAAAAGGUGUGCAUGCCACAAAGCACCUGUUGCAAGCUUUUUCUGUACUAGGAAUCCCUAAAGAAAUUAAAACAGAUAAUGGACCAGCAUAUAUUUCCAAAGUGUUUAAGGAAUUUUUGCAGGAAUGGGGAGUGAGACACAAGACAGGAAUCCCCCACUCUCCAACAGGUCAAGCAAUAGUAGAGAGAGCACACCAGUCACUCAAAAGAGUUUUGAAAAAUCAAUGGAAAAACAAAGUAAAGUUAACACCACAGGAAAGAUUAUGCAAAGCCCUGUUCACUCUCAAUUUUUUAAACUGUUCUAUGGAAGAUCAAAACCCCCCAGUGGUUAAGCAUUUCUCCCCUCAUGGCAAACACAAGCUCAAGGAACAUCCACCAGUGCUGAUGAGAGACCCUGAAAGUGGAAAAAUUGAAGGUCCUUACAAAUUAGUGACAUGGGGAAGAGGAUACGCUUGUGUAUCAACACCCCUGGGUUUGCGGUGGGUCCCACAGAGGUGGGUAAAACCGUACAUUGAAAAACAUCCCACAAGACCCCCCGAUAUUUCAGUAGCAGAAGUUCAAAGAACAAACAGGUAUUUGGGUGGAGAAGGAAAUCCAGAUUCUCCAUUCUACCCUGACUUUCCACUGUUGAAUCUGUUUAUUGAUGAAUUUAGCUAAUAGUUUUUGUUUCUUGUUUACCUGUAUUUUAAGAAGAAACCAUCCUCAGUAUGACAGUUUUGUAAACAUUUUCUCAAGAUGGGGAUUUUCGGGAUGGCUGUCUUCUGUUUUCCGUACUGUUUUAGGGUUUUUUGCAAUUGUUGUUGUUGUUUUGAUUGUGUUUUCUGUUUUGCAACGUUGGUGUGUUACCACCACCACCAAGUUAAUUUCUCCUGCACCUCAGAUAAAUGCUGUGGAAUUCCCAAAUCCCAAUACACCCCAAACCCCUUCCCCUUGGUUUGAAGAAGUAAAACCAAGUUCCCUUCCUUCUUUUGGAAAAAAUUAGGGGGAGAUGUUGUAGUUGA